AUGUUCCCGAUGCAGAAGGGUUCCCUAAAUCUCCUGAGGAAAAAAUGGGAAUCCAGUGAUUACCAUAAAAGCGAGUGCUGUCCUGGGGGUAGUCGCUGCCGACUCUUCCAGCCUCAAGAAAGCAAAUUGUUUGGAUCUGAAGGACAGGUAAUACGGUCACCAGAACCUCCAGAUCUUCCUAGUCACAUCAGCAAGGUAAAAGAAGAGCUGCAUACCUCAGAGUUGGAAGAGAACGGUCCUAGUGACAAGAGAGGAACCCCCAGGCAAUAUGGCCAGCCUGAAGUGCUGAAGGAGGAUUUAAUAAGUGGUCGGCAUAGAAUUGAGCACUUCUCCAUUGCUCUUGCUGAACUGAGGAGUGUGUUUGAGACUCCUAGGAGUGUUAAAAGAUUAACAGGACCAGCGGAGUAUGGCCAAAAGGAAGUAGAAAUUGAGAGAAGUUUAUGUUCACCAACAUUUCUGAGAUACCCUGGGAGCCAGUCCAAUGAUUCUGUGAAAGACUCAAUAAAGAAAUACGAGAAAGCAUCUUUUGACAAGAUGUCUCCUGGAAGUUACAGCCACAUCACUGAAGUGUCUCUUAGCCCUAAUCCAACUGUGUGUGGACUUGCAGAAGACAGUACAACACAGAGCAAAGACCUGUCAGAGAACCAGGAGGUGUUGUCCUUGAAGGAAAGGAUGGCAAGGUACCAAGCUGCGGUUUCCAGGGAUGACUGUCGAAGCUUCUCUGGCAAUAUGGUGGAAGAGCCAGAAAUGUGCACAGUACCUGGAGGUUUGGCCAGAGUGAAGAAACAAUUUGAGAAAGACCAAAUGGCUUCUCCCUGUAAUAGCUUUUCUCAGUACCAAUACCAGCACCAAAACAGAUCUGAACAGGCAGUAAUUUGUAGCAGCCAAGUCAACAUUUCAAGAAGUAGCCAGGAAAUGAAAAGAAAUGAAGAAGCUUCUAAAUCACAUAAAAUUGAUGUUCUUGGGACAGAAAAGAACUCUAAUCUGGAAAAGCACUCUGAGGAAAUAAACCAAGCUUCUCAAUUUCAUCAAUAUGUUCAAGAAACAGUUAUUGAUACGCCUGAAGAUGAAGAGAUUCCAAAGGUUUCAACUAAACUUUUGAAAGAACAAUUUGAAAAGUCUUCUCAGGAAAAGAUGCUUUAUUCUGACAAAGAAUUGACAACCCCAGCAAAGCAAAUUAAGAUUGAAAAUAGAUAUGAAGAUUCUUUAAAGUCAUCCUCAGUGGUGGGUACCUCUACCACAUCAUGUACCUCAACAAGUCAAAGGAAGGAAAUAUCAACCACAAGAUAUAGUGAUCACAGUGCUUCUUCCUCAACUCUGGCACAAAUUAAUGCUGCCUCUUUAGGAAACACAGAAUUUCCUCCUCCACCACCUGAUAUACUUCAAAAUUCAACAGAUGUGACAGAUUUUUCCCAGUCCCCUGAAUUUCCUAACCCUCCUCAAAUGCCAACAAUCCCCAAAGAAUUAUAUUCCAAGCAAAGAAAUUUGUAUGAAUUAAAUCGCUUAUAUAAACACAUCCAUCCUGAGUUAAGAAAAAACUUAGAAAAAGAUUAUAUCAAUGAGGUUUCUGAUAUUGUUUCUAGUCAAAUAAACUCAGCAAACUCAUUUUCUGCAGAUGUGCAGCAAGCUAGGUACGUUUUUGAAAAUACAAAUGACAGUUCUCAAAAAAAAUUGAACUCAGAAAGAGAACACUUAGAGUGGGAUGAAAUUCUGAAGGGGGAAGUCCAGUCCAUGAGAUGGAUCUUUGAGAAUCAGCCAUUAGAUUCUAUCAAUAAUGACUCACAGGAGGAAGAUAACACCCCCAAGGGCAUUGCUGAUCAAGAAAUCAUUGCUGGUGGUGAUGUGAAAUAUACCACAUGGAUGUUUGAAACUCAACCUAUUGAUGCAUUGGGUUUCCAUUCUACUGACACUAAAGAAAAUACUGAGAAAAUUCCUGAGCUGGCCAGAGGAGAUGUUCGCACAGCACGAUGGAUGUUUGAGACAAAACCACUAGACUCUAUGAAUAAAAUGCAUCAGAGUUCAGACGAAUUAGAAGAAAAUGCAAUAAAGGACAUAACUGGAGGAGAUGUCAAGACUGUCAGAUACAUGUUUGAAACUCAACAGCUGGAUCACCUUGGACAGCUUCACUCAGUGGAUGAGGUUUACCUACUGCAACUCAGAUCUGAGCUCAAAGAAAUUAAGGGGAAUGUUAAGAGAAGUAUAAAAUGCUUUGAAACUCAACCUUUAUAUGUUAUUAGAGAUGGAUCAGGUCAAAUUCUAGAAAUUAAAACUGUUCACAGAGAAGAUGUUGAAAGGGGAGAUGUGAGAACAGCACGUUGGAUGUUUGAAACACAGCCCCUCGACACAAUUAAUAAGGAUAUCACAGAAAUUAAGGUUGUACGAGGAAUAUCCAUGGAAGAAAAUGUCAAAGGUGGGGUGAGUAGAGCAAAGUGGUUAUUUGAAACCCAGCCUUUGGAGAAAAUAAAAGAAGAUUCAGAAGAAACCAUUACUGAAAAGGAAGCAAUAAUGGGAGCAGAUGUCUCCAGAAAGUGCUGGAUGUUUGAAACACAGCCACUAGACAUUCUAAAAGACACUCCUUCACCAGAUCCUGUACAAUCUGAAAAGAUAUUAGGGGGUGAUGUGCAAGCUACUAAGCAUCUAUUUGAAACUCUUCCAAUAGAGGCUUUGAAAGACAGUCCUGAUGUAGGAAAACUCGAAAAAAUUACUGCUUCUGAAGAAGAAAGAGGGGAUGUUAGGCAUCAAAAAUGGAUUUUUGAAACUCAGCCUCUUGAAAAUAUUAGAGAAGAUAAAAGAGAAUGUAUACGUACAGUAAAACUUGAGGCUGUUGACAAAGGAGAUGUAAGAAAUUACACACAUAUGUUUGAAUCUAAUAAUUUAAUUAAGUAUGAUGCAUCCCAUAAGAUAGAAGUGGAAGGAGUCACCAGAGGUGCUGUAGAAUUAAACAAAUUACUCUUUGAAACAAGGCCAUUAUAUGCCAUUCAAGAUCACCUUGGACAAUAUCAUGAAGUAAAGACAGUCAAGCAUGAGGAAAUUUUAAGAGGUGAUGUAAAAAGCUUCAGGUGGCUCUUUGAAACAACACCCAUUGACCAGUUUGAUGAAAGCCUUCAUAAGUUUCAAGUAAUACGAGGAAUAUCUGCUCAAGAAAUACAAACUGGAAAUGUGAAAUCUGCUAAGUGGCUUUUUGAAACCCAACCUCUUGAUUCAAUCAAAUAUUUCAGUAAUAUGGAAGAAGUAGAAACUGAAUCCAAACAAACUAUUGAUAUUGUGAAAGGAGAUGUCAAAACCUGUAGAUGGCUUUUUGAAACCCAGCCCAUGGAGUCCCUUUAUGAAAAAGUUUCAUUAGUAUCUGGCAGUGAUGAAAUUCAUAAAGGAGAUGUCAAAACCUGUACUUGGCUCUUUGAAACUCAGCCACUUGAUUCCAUUAAAAAUGACUCUGAAGCAACAACCAAAUUGCAAACUGUAAAACAGGAGGAGAUCAAGGGUGGAGAUGUUCAUACAGCACGCCAUGUUUUUGAAACAGAAAACUUGGACAGAAUACAAGGAGAAGAAGGGAAGGAAAUCAAGAUUGUGGAAAUAGAUAUUCCAGCUGGGGAUGUCUCCAGCAUGAGACAAAAGUUUGAAAAUCAGCCAUUAGAUGCUAUAAGUUCCAGUUCAGAGGAAGUUUUGGAAAAGAUCAAAACUCUAAAGACUGAUGAUAUUCAGAAAGGAAAUGUUUUAAAUUGUAGAUGGCUUUUUGAAAAUCAACCUAUUGACAAGAUAAAAGAAAGCCAAGGAGAUGAUGAAUUAGUUAAGACUGUGAAAGACAUACAAGGUGGUGAUGUAAGAAAAGGGUGCUUUAUUUUCGAGACAUUUUCUUUAGAUGAAAUUAAAGAAGAAACUGACUAUAUUAGCACCAAGAAACCACUCGCUGAAGAAGCAAUAAAAAGCAAUGUAAAAAGCUACAGAAUGCUCUUUGAAACUCAGCCACUUUAUGCAAUUCAGGACAGAGGAGGGUUUUAUCAUGAAGUGACAACAGUUAAAAAGGAAGAGGUAAUUCAUGGAGAUGUACGAGGGACAAGAUGGCUUUUUGAAACAAAACCAUUAGACUCAAUUAACGAAUCAGAGACUGUGUAUGUUAUUAAAUCUGUCACACAAGAAGACAUUCAGAAGGGGGAUGUUAGUGCUGUGAGAUACAGAUUUGAAACACAACCGCUGGAUCAGAUUUCAGAAGAAUCACAUACCACUAUACCCACUGUAGAUUGUAUUCAAGAUGGGAAUGUGAAGAGAAGUAAACAGUUCUUUGAGUCAGAAAACUAUGACCAGGAUACAUAUGUAAGAACAGUAAGUGUCAAUGAAAUACAAAAGGGAAAUGUUAAAAUAGCUACUUGGUUAUUUGAAACCCACACUCUAGAUGAACUGAGGGGAGAAGAGGCAGAGAAUGACAAUAUCAAAAUGGUCACCCAGGAAAACAUGCAGAAAGGUGAUGUUAAACAGGCAAUAUGGCUUUUUGAGACUCAGUCUUUAGAUUCUAUUAAGGAAGCAAAUGCAGAUGAAAGCAUCACAAAUAUUACCAAAGAGAAACUUCCUUUUUCUGACGUCAAGACAACUACAUGGCUUUUCGAAACUACACCACUUCACAAAUUUCAUGAAAAUAUGGUCGAAAAGGUGGAAAUUAUUGGCAAAAGCAUUAAAGAAACCUUGAAAGAACUCUAUUCUCAGAAGCUUAUAGAGGCUCCUGGAAUCAUCAUUGAAGCUGAUGAAGUGGGGGAUGUGCGGAUGGCAAAAUACAAGCUAAUGAAUCAAGCUGCCCCUCACAUUCAGAAAGAAGAAAUGGUCAGGGUCGAUCUCAGAAAUAUAAUAGAGCACCUACUCUCAAAGAGAGAUCACUCAAAAAGAGACAUUUUGGUUAGCGAAGAGGAGAAGGGAAAUGUUAAUUUGACUAAAGCUCAAUUAUUGAACAGAUCAACAGAAUAUCAUGCUGAAAAGGAAGAGAUAGUAAGUGGUGAUGUACAACAAGCAAUAAAAAACCUGUUCUCUACAGAAAGAUCUGAGAAGAAAGGCAUUUUAAUUCAGGAAGAUGAACGAGGAAAUAUUAAAAUGACGCUUUAUUGUCUUCUUCACAAAAAUGCUGGAGAAAUAAUUGAGCGUGAAAAAGUAAAAGGUGGUGAUGUUAGAGGAACCAUUCACAGUUUGUUAUCUUUUACAUCAAACAAUGCAAUUUCUGAAAGGAUGAAAAUUGAUGCCUCAGAGAGAGGAAAUGUUCACUUUUUUACAACAUGCAUAGAAACUGGAGCUUUAGACUAUCUCAAACAACUUCAGACAGGGUCAAAUGAAACAGUAACAGCUAGGAAGCAAGAAAAAGAGGAAGAAAUAAUUGGUGGUGAUGUCCAGGGCACAAAACUGCUGCUAAAGGAAAAGCAGUCUCAAGUUGAAUGUACAGUUAAUGAAACUGACAUCAUCCCAGGAGAUGUGCAUAAUACAGUUAAAGUUUUUAUGACAAAGCCUCAGAAUAUAUCUUGCAAUGCACUCAAUGAAGAAAUUGCAAACGGUGAUUUAAAAUCAACCUUAAAUUCCUUCAACCAGGCUAUAAAUCAGGAAAAAGUGGCUAAAACUCAAGAUAUUAUAAAAAGUGACACCCUGGACUCACUCAAGUCACUUGAUGAAUCAAGUCACCAACAGAAAGAAUCUAAGCAGCCCCAUGCUAUCCCUAUUGAUCUUGUGCAAGCUAUUGAAUGCCUUGAAAAGACUGCAAACACAAGGACAGAAAUCCUGAAGAAGGAACUUCUCCUAAAUGACCUUGAAACAUCAUUAAGAAAUCUGAAAGAAGCAGAAAGAUCUUUCAGGGAGGUAGAUAAAAAGUGUGGAACUAUAGAAAAUGUGCAAGCAGGACAGCAGAAAGCAAAGGGUCUUCAAAAGGACAUCCAGGGGUACAAACAAAGUGUUCUUCAGCCAAGACCAGGACCAUUUGAGCCUAUAGCCAAGUGGUGGCAAGGGAAAACAGAUAAUAUCAAUCCAGAUACAAAAAAUUCUUGCCAGGAGAAUUUAAUAGAAGAAAGUGCUUGGGUUAAUCUUCCAAAAGCCCCCAAAGGGACUGUAAAGAUUGUUAUAGACCGUGAGCAAAACAAUGAUGCUCUUGAGAAAAGUCUUAGAAGACUUUCUAACUCUACCACCCACCAGGAAACUAUUAAAGGUGUGUUGGAAUCAGAGGAAAGAAGAGGGGCUUGUACUGAUACCACAAGAGGGCAGUAUCUUAGAAAUGAGCAUAAGAGCAGACAAUUGGCUUCAACUCUUUCUGUUAAGAAAAAUCUAAAAACCAAGGAAUCAGAAACAGUGCAAAAGCAAAUGGAUGAUAUCUUUAACUCUACCUUAUCUAGUAAAAAAACAGUAGGAACUCAACAAACUCAAACCUGCCAACUGAGGAAUGGCCACCAGAUGAUGGAGACUUACCCUCCAAAGAAUUCUAAGAAUAUGAAAAAUGUUAAAAUACCAACUGAUACACAGAGCUUCCAGCCCUACUCUACUCAGGUUCCAAAUAAUAACGUAAAAGGGGAAACUUGUGAAAUUAUGAAGGACUUUCAGAAGCAAACUUUAUUAACACAUGAAAUGCAAUAUUCUAAUAAAGAUAUAAAGAAAAAGAAUGUAAGCUUUCAAUCAAUGUGCCAAAAUCUCCCUUUAAAUCAAGACAUAACAAAUGUCUUGACAGAGGGGAAAGUCUCCCAAAAAGGCCAAGAUAUAUUGAAGACAACUGAAAAGCAAAAGACUGAUGAUAAUUUGAGUAGCCAAGACUUUCUAAUGAAGACAAAUACCACCAGAGAUUUAAAAAUGGCAAUGGAAAUGUCCUUGAAUUUAAUCAACCUGAACCCUGAAAAUAAUGUAAAGGAAAGUGAAAGCUCUCUUCCACCACCAUCUCCACCUCCUCUGCCACCUUCAAAUGCAUCUUCUGAAAUUGAAUUUCCUCUUCCUCCUCCACCACCUUUAAUAUUGUUACCUGAAAAAAAUUCCUUAACUCCCUCCUUCUCUACAGAAAAAAUCAAAACUGAAUUUGAAAGUUUUCCAGGCCUCCUUCUUCCUCCACUAGCAGAAGAUGAGAAAUCAGACAGAGAAUGUGUAUCAAUGUAUCAAUCAUCUCCCUCUCCUCCAACUCCAUCUUUGAAACAAGCAUUUCUUUCCUCCUCUGUUCAAGAAAAUCACAAUGAAGUAGUCACACAAUGUUUCCAAGAAAAUGCCAUAAAUUCUCAGCAAACUCUCAAACUUUCUCAGGCUAAAAACAUAGCAGAAAAAUGUGGGAAGCGUGUGCCUCCUCCCACAUUGCCCAAACCCAAAUUUUUUAAGAAGAAUGAUGGCUCAUCAAAAGUUGAAUUGAAAAAUUCUUUUCCAGAUGUGAAAAGCCAAAUUACUCUAUCAAAAGACCAGAAAGAAGGAAUAACAGUGAAAGUCAAUGAACAUCAAGAGAUGAAAGAGAGCCCACCUAGAAACAUGCUGGAUAAAAGAGAAUUAUCAAUGCCUUUGGCAAGAUCUUUCCCAAAGAAUGCUCCAGAAAUUCCACUACUCAAAGGAAAACAAGUAGCACCUCUCUUAAAAUCUCAUUCUUUCUCAACAGUUUUAGGACAACAAAGUCCAAAACCUUACAUGAGUAAAUUUAGGACACCUUUGAUGAUAGCUGAAGAAAAAUACAGACAACAAAAAGAAGAGCUUGAAAGACAAAAACAGGCUAGUUCUUGCUACAGCAUGGUUAAAACAGAAAGUCAAAACCAAAAUAAAUCAGAGUUCAAAAAGGAAGUGCUAUUACAAAAUACAAAUGAGGCUUCCCUACCUAGAAUGGAUUUGAAAAUCACUGUUGAUCAAGCCAACCUAUACGCUCAAAGAAAUUCUCAGUUAGUGGGAAUGUGUACUGAUAACCAAGUCUCCACAACACCAGCAGUGACAAGCACUACUAAAAAGCUCCAAAAUGUUCUAACAGCCUCUGAAGAUAAAGAUACUAUGAAAAAAGAAGUUUUUCAGAGCUCAGAGGACAUUAAACAAUUUACAACGGUGUGUGAAAAUAAGCAGAAUCAGCAAGAAUGUAGUGCACAACAAAUACAGCAAAAGAAGUGUCUGGAUACAUUGAAUUUGCUCCAAAUCAAACCAGUUGCCCCAGAUUUCAAAGUCAAAACCAUAAAGCUUCCAACCCUAGAUUAUAAAAUAAAUGACAUAUUACAUAGCUAUGAAAGCCAUAAAAAGAAAUCUGAACUUGAUAUUCAAACUAUCACCAAAGAGCAGUAUCAAGAAAACAAGAAAACUGAGGCAAGCACUGAAUAUCAUAAUAAGCAAUUUAUAGAUGAAAAAUAUUGCAAAUUUCCUAAGAAGGAGAAAAAAGUGUCAAUAACACUACCCAAUGAUUCUAUAGGAAAGUGCCAUGAAAGUAAGUUCAACAUAGUUCCUGAGCCACAGAAAGAAUGUAUAGAGUCUGGGGGUGACAAACAUCCAGAAAGUGAAGGGAUGAUUCAGGGACUACCAAUGACUGAUCCCAAAGAAGAAAGACUAAUGAUGGAAAGAAAACAAGAGCAUUUGAACCAAACUGCACAGAAAGUAGUCAAACACAAGAUUGCUGAUACACAUAUUGAUUCACAGACUCAGAGUUUUCAGCAAACCCAAAUAAAGACCUCUGAAACUCAAGUUGAAUGUAAAAAAUUGCCCCAGCCAUAUAAUAAUCUGCAAGAAAAAAAAUGUCUUGGAAUUAAGGGUGUACAACAGAAACAAGUCUUUUCUAAUACUAAAGAGCCAAAGCUAGAGAUUACACAGAACAAAUCUUUGUUUUCUUCUGUGAAAGAUUCUCAGCAGGAAGAUAGAAAAUGUGCUGUAAAUAUAUUGGAACUCUUGAGAAAACUUGAAGAACUACAGCACAUUUUGUCUAGGGUAAAACAGUUUGAAGUAGAACCAAAUAAAAAUUGCCUUAAAACAUUUCAGACACUUUUGAAUAUUAUUCCAGUAUGGCUAUUAAGUGAAGAAAAGAGAGAACAUGGACGUAGAAUUGCUAUGGAGAAUAAUGUAGAAAGAAUUAAAGAAGAAAUAACACAUAUUAAAACUCAAGCAGAGGAUAUGCUUCGGUCGUAUGAAAACAUCAUUCAAAUAGCCAUGAAAUCCUCCAAAGUAGGAAAACAGAGCGAUAAUCCUACCAAUGUUAGUGAAAAAAUAGCUCAAAUUCCUAAUGCUGUUGGCAGCUAUAAUAAAAGCACUAUACAGAAAGAAAACAUAACUAUUGAGCAGAUAGAGCACCAACAACAAGCAACCCAUCAUGAAUCAAAUGCACAAAAUCUUGCAAAAACCCAUCAGGAACUUAAAGUAGACCAUAGGAAGAUUUCUUCACCUACUUUAAAGACACGUUCACAGUCACCAACCUUUAUAACCAUUGAGUCUACAGCUAGGCGAACUGAAGCCUCUACUAAUGAUGGCAAUUCUCAGUCACCGAAAAAGGACAGUUUUGCUGAAUCCUCACCAAGAAGGCCCAUGACAGCAACAUCUAGAAUUCACAGAGCACAUUCCUCCCCCUCUCCACCCAGGAGUCGCUCAGAACAACUCAUCAAACUGAAAGACACGACUGCCAAGUUUUUCAGGGGUACCAUCCCAAGUCCAUCUGUCACCCCAGUUCCAAUUGUGGAGACAAGAUCUGAGAUCAUCACAUCUCCUGCAACACUUCGCCGUCAAAUUAAGAUAGAAUCUCUUGGGAGAAACUCUUCACCUACAAUCACGAUACCAAUAAACGUAAAUCAUAUUGAUAGCAGUUCCUUCAGAGAAUCCGUGGAAGCUCAAGGGAAAGUUAGGAAAGUGGAGAAGAGGGAGACUUAUGUUCACAAGGAUGGAGUAACCGCCACUAAUCACAUCGUGCCAGAUACUGAGAGUUUUGAUGCUGUGGAAAUCAUCAGCAAAUUUGAAGGACCUCACAUGUCAGAGCACACUGAGAGAUAUGAAGCAACCAAUCGUGCUGCUCAAAUGGCUGAAGACUUAAUAAAUGAACAUGAAAAUGAAAUCAAUAGAUGGUUCAAAGAAUUUGAGGGUAGCCCAAUUUUUGAAACAAACUCUACAAAAAGAGUUUAUACAAAUGGAGAAGCUAAUCACAAUAUAAAACAAGAAAGCAGUACAUUCUGUAAGGAGUUUGGGUUAUCAUCUUCAGAAAAUAAGAGUUUCACAGGUUUCUCGUAUGAUCGUGCUAGAGAGUCACAAGAAAAGGUUCCUGUCAGGCAGCCCAAAGUACAGUCUGAAACAACAUCUCUAAGGGAACGUUUCUCAGAUGUGGAUGGAUUUGACAGUCAAGUUGUUGGGUCGAAGAUAACAGUCUCUUCAUCACGUAGCUCAGAAGCUAGCAAGCCUGGCUUUGAUUUUAAGCAUGCCCCACCAACCUAUGAAGAUGUCAUUGCUGGCCACAUAUUAGAUAUAUCUGAUUCAUCUAAAGCACCUCAGCGAAAUUUUCAAGAGACAUGGCAGGAGAGUGAACGAGUUUUUAAAAACCAGGGAUAUGCUGCCUCGGAUGCUUUGGCAGCUGAGAUAAGAACCACUUUCCAAGAGGAAUCUGCAUUCAGACGUGAAGCUGCUACUCCAAGACAAGGAAAUUUGUAUACUUUGUCAAAAGACAGUUUAUCCAAUGGAAUGUUUAGUAGCAGACAAGCAGAGUUUUCAUAA